AGCCGGAGGAGGCGGAGGCAGAGGAGGAGGAAGCCGGAAGUGCAUCGGCCGGGUCGGUCUGGGCGUUGCGGGAUUGGGGCCUGGGAUCUCUCGGUCCCAGGCAGCCGAGAAGCCCGUGACGGGGCGGAGCGGCGCCAUCCCAGCCCUGAGGCCUGCUGACCGGCAGGUGACCCGCAGCGACCGCACAGCGACGGCGGGCGGCCCCGGACAUGUACGCCCCUGGAGGCGCAGGGCUGCCCGGCGGGCGCCGGCGGAGGAGCCCGGGAGGCAGCGCUCUGCCCAAGCAGCCCGAGCGUAGCCUAGCUUCGGCCCUGCCCGGAGCCCUGUCCAUCACGGCGUUAUGCACUGCCCUCGCCGAACCCGCCUGGCUGCACAUCCACGGAGGCACCUGUUCCCGCCAGGAGCUGGGGGUCUCGGACGUGCUGGGCUACGUGCACCCGGACCUGCUGAAAGAUUUCUGCAUGAAUCCCCAGACAGUGCUGCUCCUGCGGGUCAUUGCUGCCUUCUGCUUCCUGGGCAUCCUAUGUAGUCUCUCCGCAUUCCUUCUGGACGUCUUUGGGCCCAAGCACCCAGCCCUGAAGAUCACCCGCCGCUAUGCCUUCGCCCACAUCCUCACAGUCCUGCAGUGUGCCACCGUCAUCGGCUUCUCUUACUGGGCUUCUGAACUCAUCCUGGCCCAGCAGCAGCAACAUAAAAAAUACCACGGCUCCCAGGUCUACGUCACCUUUGCCGUCAGCUUCUACCUGGUCGCAGGCGCUGGCGGAGCCUCCAUCCUGGCCACCGCGGCCAACCUCCUGCGCCACUACCCCACAGAGGAGGAGGAGCAGGCGCUGGAGCUGCUGUCGGAGAUGGAGGAGAACGAGCCCUACCCAGCCGAGUACGAGGUCAUCAACCAGUUCCAGCCGCCCCCUGCCUACACGCCCUAGUGGAAGCCGGGGCUUCCUUCGGUGGCCCCUCCCACCCAGAGGUGGCUUCCCAGCAGUCCUCACCGGUAGGACCCAGUCAUCUUCAUCAAACCCUCCCCGGGAGAGACUGCCUAGGGUUGUCCCCGCAUCCCUGCUCCCGGAAGCUGGGAUCCAGCAGUUUUACAUAAAGCACUCUUCUCCCUGCCGCCCUCUGCCCCCUUCCUGCUCCUGAGUCACUACCAACCAGGGAUGGGCCAUAUCUUUGGGACCGGGACUUUGCUUGGGGAGCUGCUGAGAGUGGACAGUCCCAGAGAGAAGGGUCACCAGGUCGGUGUGUGUCCCACAGCUGUGGCCCUGCACCCACCCCCUCCUUCCCUCUCCAAGUGCCCGGUCCCAGGCUGCCCACUCCGGGGAUUCUCUGCACUUUAGUCUUUGGCCUUCUCCCUGCCAGUGUUCCGGUCCGAAGGGGAGCAGAGCAGUUGCUCUCCCCGCCCUGCCCUGGCUUUGAGUGGCUGGUGCCAGGCAAGGGGAGCGGAGCUGGGCAGGAGACCGAGGCCUCCUGGUGCCUACAUCGGAUUAGCAUGAAGGGGACUCAGUCUCCCAGCCCCUUCACCUUUUAAAAUGUGAGUGGUUUUAAAAGGAAAAACAAAACCAAGCAACAGCAAGCAUAUUCUCUUUUUAAAAUAGGCUGUUGUUGUUUUUCAGAAAUGUAUCCCAUCCCUUGGGCUCUGCAAUAUUUGGGACCACAGUUCCUCUCGAGCCCGUGGUCCCCUCUUCCAGGUCUCCCCAUGCAGAACGCAGCCUCUGUCCCCCGGCUCCUUCCUGCCCAGCCCCUCUGGCUCCCUGGGGCCUCCCUGUGGAACCAGAGCCGUGCGGUCCCCGGGGGCUGAGGACCAUGGCCUGGCUGGCCGGCCAGUGUGGUGCUCCUCAGGACUGCGGCUCUGAGACGUAGCCUGGCCUCAGCUCAGGAAUGGGGACCACAGCAGGGCCGGACCCUCCCCUGUCCACAUAGGAAGUCCAGCCAGCGGAGCCCCCACAUGUUGGGGUCAGACUAGCAGGCCCAGCUGUCCCUAGCCUGCACCUUGGGGCCACAGCCUGCUGCAUGCCUCUCUCCCCUUCCUGAAUGUCCUCUGGCCCGGGGUGUGCUCCUGGCUCCUUCUUACCCAGCUCUUGCUCUGGUUACACCAUUUGCUGUGGGUCCAGCUGAAUUUUCUGCCCCAAGACCUGGGGCAUAAAGUAAGCAAAAUUCAAGAGAUCUUCAGUGUGGAUCCAGAGGCCAAAUUGUCCUCGCCCAGUUCCUGGCUUCUCUGGAUCUGUGUUCAGCGCUGACCUGAGCGGAGGCCCGCUCCAGUCUCCUCCCACCUGCAAGGGCACAGGCACUUGCACAGGAGCGGAGACUGGGUCUGUGGUGUCCCGAUCGGCCUUGUGCUGGGUUGACCAAGGAUGUCCGGACAGAUGCCUGUGCGGAGACCACGUCUGCAUGUGAGCGAGCGGCUGCCUGGAGUUCACCGCUUGAUGCCAAAGUGUGCCCCGGCGUGACCCCCACUCCUACAGACCCUUCUCUUAGGCAGGAAAGGCUGCCGGAUGAUACCUGAGCACAAAGCCAAGGAGCCGAAUUACAUCUUUCUGUAAAGUCUCGAGUCCAUCAUUGGCACCCCGGAUGUCUGAGCGGGCACCCAACACGCAUGCCAAAGGGAACGGUCGCUCACGAGGACCUGCACAUGCCCCCGAAGACCGUGCCACGUGAUUCAGAACCCUCUUUUUACUAGAUUCCCACGCCUCCCACCUCUCUCUCCCCCUGCCUUCCCAACAUCACUAGUUUGUCACAUAAAUCCCCCUGGUUGUGUGUUUCUUUUCUAGGAAAAACAAUUAAAAAGCAAAACAAUGAAAAACCCGAAACUACAAAUAA